GCAUUCGCCAGUAUGGCACCUAUUCAAUUGAAAAUACCAAAAACAUCACAAAAACAAGACGAAGGUUCGCGGUGGACCAUAUAUCACAUUGAAGUAUGCUUUCCCAAUAAUUUACGAAGAAUCGUCUUUCGAAGAUUCAGCGAAUUUGUUAGUUUAGAUGAAAAAAUCCGACCUUUUGAUGAUAUGGGAGCGUUGCCGAAUCUUCCUUCUAAGUCUUGGUUUCAGUCAACUGUGACAAAUGAAGGAUUUCGUGAAUCUCGUCGAGUAGCUCUUCAGGGGUAUAUAAAAGCAUUAAAUAAAAGUCCUUGGAUAGAAAUGGGAGAAGUUAAGAGUUUUCUAAACUUAGAAAAUAAUUUUGAUAAUGCCUCAAAAGAAAGUAGCCUUGGCCCUGUUGAAUGGAUGCAAUUGUUUCAUGAAUGCAAACGUGAUUUGCAUGCUUCAAGGGUUGACUUGCUUUCAAAAAAGAACAGCACCAUUUAUGGGCAGAAAAGAAGCGUAUACAAUGCGAAGAGGUCAAUUGAUCUUCUAUUUUCUUCACUUCAUCGUCUCGAACAAAUGAACGCCGUUGGUUCUGGUGAAGUGUUUCGCAGACGUGAUAUGUUGGAUAAACUUUCUUCAGAGCUUUCAUCGUAUCAAAAAUUAAUGAGGAAUUUAACACGGCCUGCGAGCCCUCCCGCAUCCUCUGCCGAAGUCACUGCUAGCUCCAGCCCAGGUUCACCAUUCAAGCCUAUAUCGUCUUCAUCCGAUCAACAGAAUUCUCUUCGUUCUACUCCUUCUUCGAAUCGCGUUUUAGGUAAAAACCACUCACAGGAGACAUCAACCACCAGAAAGCUUGAUAAUGUUGGUCUUUACCAACUACAAAACCAAGUAUUGACGAGUCAAGAUACUCAAGCGGAAGCAUUACUACCUUCGAUUCAACGACAAAAGGAGAUUUCGAUGGCAAUUAAUAACGAAGUCAUCGAACAAAAUGCCAUGCUGGAUGAUGUAGCGCAUGGAACCGACAAGAACCGUAAGAAAAUGCGCAAAACGAAAGAUCGUCUUCGUCAAUUAGGCUGAAGCAAAAGAUAUGGGGUUUAUUUAUUUACUUAUUUAUUUGAACGCUAAUAUCGUUUUACUUAUCUAUCACCGAGCUUCAAAGGAACCACAAUGGUUUAAUGAUGAUAUGCGCCUUAAUCUAUCCAUUUCAUUUUCUCUUAUUUUAUGUGAAGAACAGUUUCAUCCCUUUCUUCGUUUUAAUAAUUUAAAUUUCCCCAUAUUUGAUGUAUAAUGUCUGUUCGCCAACCGGUAUUUCUGUUUAACAUUUUGUUUCACGAUUUU